CCCGCCCGCCCGCGAGGGAGGCUGGGAAGUGGGCUGUGGCCGCCGCCGGGUGAGUUCAGGGCUAUUGAGAAAGUGAGUGUGGGCUCAAGAUAGGGAGGUGGCAACCACCUUGCCGGCGCGAACUCCCUGCGCGGACAUGUUGUCGCCGUGGAGGGAGAGCAGCUGGUUCCACGACAUGGAGAGCGCGGAGGCGGAGGAGUGCAGACAAGAACAUUGGAAGCUUUUGGGUGCCUUGAAGACGACUGUGGAGGGGUUGCUAUCAACCAACAAUCCCAAUGUUUGGUCCAAAUAUGGAGGAUUGGAGCGACUCUGUAAGGAAAUGAACAACAUCAUGUCCCAUGGACUUCUGGAAGACAAGAUAUAUAUACAGCAUAAAGAUUACUGGCCAUUUGUGAAAGAUGUCUGCUGGGUCAGUCCUCACCUUGCUCACCAUAUUGAACAGUUGAUGGAUACUGACCAGUCUGUCUCGAAGAGUAAUCUUCAGAAAGCACAAUACUGGCUCCACCACAGCCUUCAGUUCCACUGUCUGUCAUCACAGCUAAGACCUUUGCUCAGCAACUACAAGUAUUCAAAGAAAUUCUACAAAGACACUGCCUUUUUGUUGAGUGAUCCCCAUGUGACUGCAAUGUUCCAGUGUCUGGAGGCUGUGGAACAGAAUAAUCCUAAAAUAUUAGCUCAGAUUGACACGUCUGUGUUUGCAAGGAAGUUUGGUUCCCAUUUACCAAUGGUGAAAAGCCAAAGUUUGACUGCACUGCCUGGUAUCAAGGGCACCUCCUUUGCAGAAGGAUGUCAACGCAGACAUGCAGACUCGUAUACUACUCUCUUAGGUCAUUCUACUUUCAACAUUUCAGGUGCUACAUCGCAAAGUUUCAUUAAUAUGAAUAACACCCAGCAAGACAUCAGAAAGAAGGUUAAUUUGCCUUGCUUUGCAGAUUCCACAGACAAAAUGAUGCAAGAUGAAGGCUCUGGCAUCCACCAGUUCAAUAUCAUUCCCUCAGCGGAACCAUUUUCCCCAGUCAGUGAGACAACAGUUAGUACCCCAGUUAGCCAUGGUGAGGAUUCAUGGGGUGAAGUACAAGAUGAAGGAUCAUGUGAAAUGGACGAUGGGCCAGAAUAUUUGGCUAUUGGAAACCUGGGACACAGAGAUCAAAGUUCAAGUCAGUGCAACAAUAGCUCAUCUUCCUAUUCUGGAAGUUCACAGCAAUUUGCUCCCACCGUAGGGCAAGUUCCUAAAGUUAACAUUAUCUGCAGUGCAUCUCUACUGAGCAUUCCAAGAAGUUCCAGCUUCUCUGAAAUCAAGACUCUGGAACGAAAGGGAGGCUUCAAGAAAAGCCACAUCAGAUCCCGUUCUGAUACUGGUAUAUCAUCAACAAAUCCACCAGGAGACCUCCGGAAAAUCACAAUUAUAGUAGAGGACCCAGUGGAAGAAUCGCAUUCGGGGAUUAGACACCAGAAGGAGUGUGGUCCUUUCUCAGGACAGAGCAGUGAAGUCAGCACUCCAAGCUCCCCUUACAUGGAAGCUGAUGGUGCACAGCACGCAAACAAUUCUGAUGGCAUGUUUCGCCGACCAUCACAGGGUCAGUCUCUGAUCAGCUAUCUUUCAGAACAGGAUUUUGGAAGUUGUGCUGACUUGGAAAAGGAGAAUGCCCACUUCAGUAUCUCUGAAUCAUUAAUUGCGGCCAUUGAACUUAUGAAAUGCAAUCUAAUGAAGAAACAAAUGUUGGAGGAUGAUGAAGAUGACAGUGACAAAGAAAUACGGGAAUUAAAACAGAAAAUUCGAAUUCGACGGCAACAGAUCCAAACAAAAAAGCUCCCGCCUGGAGUUGGCAAUGCUGAGUCGGACACUUUUACCACCACGGAAAGCGGAUCUCCUUUCAGUUCCUAUGAUUCUGCACCAUUAUCAGAUUCUGGAUCCACAACUGACGGAGUAGACGAAUUUGAGUUAAAAGAUUGUAUUGAUGAGUCCAACCUCAUACAUAUGUCAGCGAAUGGGCUCUCAGCAUCAAUGGCAUCAUUGUUUUCAGAUGCUGAUAUUAGGAGGAGUCUGGCUUCAAGCGCCAAGUCAGUAAUGAACUCCGAGCCCAUUUCAUUUUCAUUCCUUCAUUCCAACUCGGCUGAGGCUGUUGCUAUGGGUCUGCUGAAACAGUUUGAGGGCAUGCAACUUCCUGCUGCAUCUGAACUGGACUGGUUGGUCCCAGAGCAUGAUGCUCCUCAGAAGCUUUUGCCAAUUCCAGACUCCUUUCCAGUGUCUCCUGAUGAUGGCGAGCACGCUGAUAUUUACCAGCUACGAAUCAGAGUCCGUGGAAAUUUGGAAUGGGCACCACCUCGGCCACAAAUAAUUUUCAAUAUUCACCCGUCCCCCAAGAGAAAGGUGGUUGUUGCCAAACAAAAUUACCGCUGUGCAGGAUGUGGUAUCCGAACAGACCCAGAAUAUAUAAAGAGACUACGUUAUUGUGAAUAUCUUGGAAAGUACUUCUGCCAGUGCUGUCACGAGAAUGUGCAGUCUGUUGUUCCAAGCCGAAUAUUACGGAAAUGGGAGUUCAGCAAAUAUUAUGUCAGUAAUUUUUCUAAGGAUUUGUUGAAUAAAAUUUGGAAUGAUCCACUUUUCAACGUUCAAGACAUUAACAGUGCGUUAUAUCGGAAGGUGAAGGCCCUCGAUCAAGUUCAUAUGCUGAGAAUGCAGCUGGUUCACAUGAAGAACCUGUUAAAAACAUGUAGACUGGCAAAAAAGCUUCUGGAUAACUUUGACAGGGAACCAGGUCAUCUCACUGAAGAUCUUCAUCUCUAUUCCCUCAACGAUCUCACAGCUAUAAAAAAGGGGGAGUUGGCUGGAAGGCUGAAGUACCUCGUGAAGAUAGGAUCAGCACAUGUGGCACAAUGUGUGCUUUGUCAGGCUAAAGGCUUCAUCUGUGAAUUCUGCGGUAAUGAUACAGAUAUCAUCUUCCCUUUUGAGCUCCACAAAUGUAAAAGAUGUGAAGAAUGUAAAGCAUGUUACCACAAAUGCUGUUUUAAAUCAGACCACUGUCCUCGUUGUGACCGGUUUCAGGCACGUAAAGAAAUGCUUGCUAAACAAACCAUAAAAUGGUAUUCAUCAGAGGCUCAAGAAGAAGAAAAUGAGAACUCCCAGAGUACAGAUUGUGAUUGAACAGUAAGACAGAAGAUAACAAAGCUACUUGAAUUUUUGCAUUGAAACAGAGUUGGAAUUCAUGCACUUAUUUUUUAAAAACAGGACUAGCACCAUAGCCUAUACCUUCGUACUGAGGAUUCAAUAUAUUACCUUUCAGCAACAAAAAGUUUAAUUUUGUGACAUUGUCUUUGUUGGUCAAUAACUUAACAUCUAUCCGUCCAUGUUAAUUUGACAAUUUAUUUAAAUGUUUUAAAAUGUCUGUUUGCAUGUCCAAAGACUUAUUUGUGGGGGAUUAAUGAUGAGAGGGGCAAAAUUGUUUAAUGUGUGUGUUGUAUGUAUCAUAGCCUUGAAGCUCCAGGAUACAUUCUGGGAUUGUGCACGUCCAUUGAGGAAUGGUGUUGUUAGUCAGUUAAACUGGACUCUGGUUGCCAUGCAAAUCAUCUUGGGCAACAAAAAGAAAAAUCUAUAUCUGGUAUUCUAUUUUGUGUUUAACAAGUAGAUAUCACUGUGAUAUUUUCAUUGGUGCUGUAUUGAAUGUAUCUGUUAUUUUGGGGUUAGAAGCUGAUGGGGUAGAUAAGUCUUUUGGAUAUAACUAUGAAGAAUAUUAUUCAGCAUUUUAAGACUUGCCAGGGAUGUAUAAAUGUAAACUAAAUUCAGGUCUGCUAAAGUAAUUGUUCAAAGAUGAAGUAUUUAUCAUGAAUGUACCAAUUUAGCUGCUUUUGUGCUUGCUGUCAUUUGAAAUGUAACAUUUGAAAUGGGUUGGCAUAUUUUGGAAAGUUAGUAGACUAUUUGUAUUAGCAGACUAUUUAAUUAUACUGGAUAGCAAUUACUGAACUAGAACUUCAACUAAAUCAAUCUGCCGAAUGCCAUAUGAUUUAUAUUAAAACAAGAUUUGCUAUAUUUAGACAGUCCAGAGUAGAAAUUGUAAAAUGUAAUUUAGAAAACCUUACAAUCAAUUCAGUUAUUUAUUUGUUGUAUUUGAGUUUGAUUAGUAUCUUGACUUUAUAUUUUAGGUGCAAAAUCAUUUCCUUUUAGUUUUAAAUACUAAUAUAAUAGUGUUAUAUCCUACAUACUGCAAUGUAUGCAGUUAAGUUAAACUGCUGCACAAAACAAAAUAGUUUGGGUUGAGACCGAAUAGAAAAGAGGAGAAACCUAUUUAAACCUCAUGUUGAGUAUUUGUAAAUGUACUCUUUGGAUAAGCCAAAAUAAGCUUAUUUACUAAUGCAGCAAGAUCGGUUUUGCAUUGCAGGGUUUAUAUGUUUCAUUUGGAUGCAAUGCCUCUGCUUAAAUACAAUUAUUGAGCCCAUAUCAGGCAGCUGUUACCAAUGGGGUGAUAGUUUAACUGAGGCUAUAAGCAAACUUGUUCGGCAAAUAAUAAAAUCAAAAGAAAAAUAUUACUGUUUGCAACAGUGUGAGACCAGCCUGACUUGGUUUUAAUCCUUAUAUAUUGUUUAAUUUUCAAGUUCCAAUCUACUUUUUCUAAUAGACCUCAGCCAAACUUUGUAUGAAGAAUGAACUUUUAUGAAAGCACAUUUUUAAUUAACCAACUAAUUUGGAACCCUUUUAUUUUUGAGGCUCUCUGAAAUUACAGCAAGUCUUUAAUGUCAUUUUUGCUUCUGCUUGUUCUCUGUAGAAAAUGUGAUUAGAUUCAAAUAAUGAAACAAUUUCCAGGUAUGAUCGUAUGUCAAAGAUGAACAUUGGCUGAGAAAGGGAUAUUUAGAAUAGAAAAUGAAAUGCUUAAAUAGACACAUCACUUCAAAAUUCCUAAUGAUGGGGAGACUGAUAUUUAAUAAAGAUUUCUAUGCUA